AAAGGUCCCCAUAGGAUCCCACAUUCCCCAUUGAGUCGGCAGAAAAAGGGCCCCCAUUACCCACAUUUCCCCAUCACAACAUAACGGCUCUUUUUCCGAAGAUCACUCACACCUUCAGCACCUCUUUCCCUUUGCAGUCCAGCUUAAAAUUGGAAGGUCGAAUUCGUCUUCAAUUUCGACAACAAAUCCAAACAUACCUGUUAAAAUUCUCUCCUCUUCCUUUCUCUCUCCUCGACCCUCCGAAAACUGCAGCAACACCGUAGUUGAAUGAUUUAGGAAGUAGUUCAUAGCCAAUUGUUUCCUAUUAUUUGUGUUUUACCGUAAUAGUUCUCUUUUGUACGCUAUAAAGCUCAAGCUUUUACCUCAUAUUUGCCAGUAUUACAGAAGGAGAGAGAAAAUGUCAGUUGCUUAUGCAGUGAGAAGCCAUUGCAAGAAGCUCGCGUCCUUUUUCCGUCGGGACUUCAAACCGUCGAAAUGCAAGACAUGGGCUCGAAUGACGACAGCUCGAAUUAAGCUGCUGAGGAAUAAGAGAGAGACGGUGGUUCGACAGAUGAGACGGGAUGUUGCGUUGCUUCUUCAAUCUGGUCAGGAUGCUACUGCUAGAAUUCGGGUUGAACAUGUCAUCAGGGAGCAGAAUAUGAUGGCUGCAAAUGAAAUUCUUGAGCUCUUCUGUGAAAGACUAGUUACGCGACUUUCUAUUGUUGCAAAGCAGAGGGACUGUCCCAAGGACUUGAAGGAAGCCAUCUCUAGUCUAAUAUUUGCGGGACCAAGAUGCUCAGACAUUCCAGAACUUCUUGCAAUACGAGAUAUUUUUCAGAAAAAAUAUGGAAAAGAUUUUGUAGCAGCAGCCACAGAUUUGCGUCCUGAUAGUGGUGUAAAUCGCAUGCUAAUUGAAAAACUCUCUGUUCAAAAUUCUCCUGGGGAACUGAAGCUUAAGGUCAUGAAGGAAAUAGCAAAGGAGUAUCAGGUUGAAUGGGAUACAACUGAGACAGAGACCGAACUUCUCAAGCCUCCAGAGGAGCGCAUUGAAGGACCACGAACAUUUGUUAGCGCUGGAAGUCUGCCAUUAAAUCCGGGAGCAGCACCUCCUGCUGAAGUUCAGAAACCUACAAUCAGAUUAUCAAGUGGUGAUGGUGGUAAUGAGAUGUGUAGUAUAAGUUAUCAAGAUGCAGCAUCAGCAGCAAAAGCAGCUGCUAAUUCUGCCAAAAAUGCCAUCGCUGCUGCCCAAGCUGCUGCUGAACUAGCUCAAACAGCUUCUUAUGAUUCGAACACAAGAACCAAUCAGCCAACACAUCAUGUGAACCAAGAGGGUAAUUUGGGAACCCAUGGAAGGGAAUACAGGUCUUACAGUUUAGGGGGUGCCAAUAAUUACCGCAAUGAUACUGACAUGAGCCCAAGUGAUAUGGAUGAUAAGAAUUUCAACGUACGACGGCACAGCUACAACGUUCUUCGUACACAGACUGAUAUAAAAUUUGAUGACUCGGACUGUGAUGAUGAUAUUGAGAUGGAACAACAGCCUCCGAAUGGCAUGUAUGCUAAACCUGGCAUGUAUGCUAAACCUGGGACUCCUCCUGUUCAUUCCAAGUUGCCAGACUAUGAUGCUAUUAGUGCUCGUUUUGAAGCUCUCAAGUACCACAAAACAUAAAGGGAUCACCGGAUUUACCACAUCACCUGUGGUCAGUCAGUCAGGGUUCAACACUCUAUACAUUUUAGUAUCCAGUUAUCUGUAAUAUACUUCCAUAUGUAGCUACAGUGAUUCUUGACAAUCAUUAUUCAUUUGGUCAGAUUUAAUAGUAUGUUAUGGUAUAUGAAAUUAUUAAUUUUGA